CCCACAUCUGGCUUCAUCGCUGCCCAACCACAGCUUCGACUAUCUUCCAAGCGACUCACGGCGCAACUCCCCUUGCUUCUCUCGCACAAUGCAACUAUCCCGGGUAGCAGCCAGGGUUGGCGGGUCCCGCUUCCCCAGGGCUGUGGCUCUCGACCGACACAUCGCUGCCCACGAUCCACUCAGCCUGGCAACGGCACACCGCCUUGGCGGACUCACUAUCGACGGGAGGAUCGCCGCGAGACCGUACUCGGGCCCGAGUGCAUCACCGCAGAGCACCGGUGCACCCGAGAAGGAUCAGUCUGCAAGCCAUGCCGACUUAAACUCGUCGAUGGGCGGCGUGUUCCAGAUCCCUGUUGCCAGCAGCGAGGCUCCCGAGGCCGAAUCGAUUGACAACGACGCAGACUCAUUCAACCCACAGACCAUCAACCUCAAAGUUGUUCUCCCGUCGGACUCACUCCUGGAACGCAUGCGAUCGGAAAAGUACACUUCCCUGACAGCCAAGCAGCAACGCACCAUCGCCGCGCAAGUCAAGGCCGAUCUGGUCGAUUCGAUCGCCGGCAAGGGAGCAUCGCAGUCGAUCCUCGUGGAGACAGUCAGCAAAGGAGAAAUCAAGGAUGCCCUGUUUCUUGCCAAGCUGCUGUCCAACCACUCGAAAGAGGGCCAGCCGUUAGGAUUCCAUCUGUAUCAGCGCAUCGGAGAGCUGGGUGAGAUGGAAGGCGAGUUCCGAUGUGCCCAGCUGCUGUCGACUGGAUACCAAGGCCAGAAGCGAGAUCUCUCCAGGGCGAUGGAGCAGAUCCAAUCCCUUGCGGAGCGAGGACAUGCCGUCUCGCAGUAUCUGAUGGGCGAGUCGGCCUUCAAGCGCGGCGACAGCGCCAGCGGACUGGAAUGGAUCCAAAAAUCGGCCGAUAACGGGUAUCCCACGGCCUACGUGCAGCUUGGUCAUCUGUAUCGCAGCGGCCACGGAUCCGUGCCGGUCGACCAGUCCAAGGCAUUCGAGUGUCUGAAGAAGGGAUCCGAGUUGGGUGUUGUCGAGGCCACCUAUCUACUCGGAAUCCACUACCAGAGCGGACUCGGAACCGCAGUCGAUGCCCAAAAGUCCUUCGAGUGCUUCCAAUCCGCAGCACACGCAGGUCUGUCGGCGAGCCAGCAUAAUCUCGGAGCAAUCUACUUUAGUGGCCAGCCCGAGAUCGGAGUCGAGCGAGAUCUCUGGCGCGCGAUGGAGUAUUGGAAGAUGGCCGCUACCCAGGGCUUCCAGCAGUCCCAGAUGAACCUCGGACGCCUCUAUCUCGAAGGGAGCGUCGACCAGAAGGACCCGACAAAGUCGCUCCAGCCCGACUGGGAUGAGGCACGACUGUGGUUUGACAAGGCAGCCAAGGGCGGCGAUCCAACUUUCCAAGAAGAGGCCAGACUGUUUCUGGGGAUGAUGAGCGACCAUGAGCGCUCAAAAGUUGGUGGUGCCGAAGCGGCAGCUGAACCAAGACCAGGACCAGUCACCCAGCAUCGAGACAAUCGCAGUUGCAGCGUCCAAUGAUACGAACAGUCACAGAGCCAUAAACCUGCCGCUUGGUAUAUGCGGGAAGAUAUUUCACAUGCUCUGCUUGCCGUGUGGAUGCGGAUGUGGAUGUGGAUGCAGAUGUGGAUGCGAACACGCUUUCAUACACGGCGCCCCUCCCCUGAUCCAAUAGCCACGACUGAUCUCACACACCUCAAAGUAGCGGAGGGGCAUGGCGUGGAUGUAGAACAAGCAGACGAUGGAUUUGUCACCAGCAGUCGAAACUUUCGUAUGGAUAUGCUCGCGGC